AGAGCUCCACCCCUGGCCACUGCCACAGCUGCUCCCCAGAUAAAUAAGCAAAGCCUUUCCCUUCGGUGUGCCUUCAGCAUGGAUGCUUUUCAAGGGAUUUUAAAAUUCUUCUUCAACCAGAAAACUGUUAUUGGCUACAGCUUCAUGGCUCUGCUGACCCUGGGGAGUGAGCGUCUCUUUUCGCUGGUGGCUUUUAAGUGUCCCUGCAGCACUGAGAACGUGGUCUAUGGGCUGGUUUUCCUGUUUGCUCCUGCUUGGGUGUUGCUGAUUCUGGGAUUCUUUCUGAACAGCAAGUUUUGGAGGCUCUUCACAGGCUGCUGUGUGAAUCCCAGGAAAAUCUUCGCCAAAGGUCACAGUUGCCGCUUUGUCUAUGUCCUCGGCCAGAUCGCUCUGAGUUCAUUGGUGGCUCCGACGAUGUGGCUUUCUGUGGCUCUGCUCAACGGGACGUUUUAUGAAUGUGCCAUGAGCGGGACCAAAAGUUCCAGACUCCUGGGACUGAUUUGCAAAGACAAACCCCAAGAGUGCUGGGAUGAACUUUACAAAGUCUCUUGUGGCAAAACCAGCAUGACACCCGCGGACAACGAAGAAGUGAAGCUGUCCCUUCAAGCCCAGUCUCAGAUUCUAGGUUGGUUCAUCAUUUGUUCGGCAUCUUUCUUCUCUCUGCUCACCACUUGUUGUGCUCGCUGCCGAUCUAAAGUUAGCUACCUUCAGCUGAGUUUUUGGAAGACGUAUACACAAAAGGAGAAGGAGCAGUUGGAAAAUACAUUCCUGGAGUAUGCCAACAAGCUGAGUGAGAGAAACGUGAAAUGCUUUUUUGAAAAAAAGAGGCCAGAUGUCUUACCCAUGCCAACCUUUGCAGCCUGGGAGGCGGCUUCCAAGCUCCAUUCUUUCCACCAAAGCCAGCAGCAUUACAGCACCCUGCAUAGGGUGGUGGAGGACGGCCUGGACCUCGGCCCUGAGGACGAUGAGACCACAAUGGUGCUUGUGGGUACUGCCCACAGCGUGUAGCGCAUCCACGGCCGUGGACUUGUGGCGUUCAGCGGUACACUCAUUCUGACAUUUUUGCUGCAUCACUAGCGACCACUGUGUCUCUGUGUUUUCUCAUGGUAUUUCCUUGAGGACAAGAGCCCGAAAGGAAGAGAUUUGCAGUUCCCAAGGGCAGGCAGUGUCUGGAUGUGCUGAAACGGAUGCAGAGUGUGUGGUCAAGGAUGGUGAGGAAGGUGCUCUUCCACUGAUGUGGCUUGGGGUUCAGUGGCUUCAGGUUCUUC